GCGCUAGGGUUUUUUUCACCACCCAGUCCGCCUCCACUCCUCCCUGCCAAAGGUGAGUCCAAGUCGGCGGAGGCCAUGACAACGAGCUUGAGGAAGAACCGGAAGAAGCGCGGCCACGUGUCCGCCGGGCACGGCCGCAUCGGCAAGCACCGCAAGCACCCGGGAGGUCGAGGUAACGCCGGAGGCAUGCACCACCACCGCAUCCUCUUCGACAAGUACCACCCGGGCUACUUCGGCAAGGUCGGCAUGCGCUACUUCCACAAGCUACGCAACAAGUUCUACUGCCCGGCCGUGAACGUCGAGCGCCUCUGGUCGAUGGUGCCCGCUGACAUGGCCGCGUCGGCCGGCGCCGACAAGGCCCCGCUGGUGGACGUGACGCAGUUCGGCUACUUCAAGGUGCUCGGCAAGGGGAUGCUGCCGGCCAAGCCCAUCGUCGUCAAGGCCAAGCUCAUCUCCAAGGUCGCCGAGAAGAAGAUCAAGGCCGCCGGCGGCGCCGUCGUGCUCACCGCCUAGGGUUUGAUCCUCCCGGUCGUCUCUUGGUUUUGAGAUCUUUACCUGAACUAGUAGUGGUUUCUUGUUUCAACUAUUUGUGCUAAGAAGACUUGACAGUGGCGUAUGAAAUUUUUUGCACUUUGUGAUGCCCGCUCGUAUCUAAUAUUUCAGUUAUAUAUCAAUUAUCUAUCUGUGCUACCAGUUGUGAUU